ACUACUCACACAUGUUAGGAUCUUGACCCUUCGGCUGCACAGGCGGCUAACCUUUAUGUAAUUGAUCCAAGAUUAUCAACUUUUGCAAAAUAUGUCGUAGAAUCAUGCCGAUUGGUGCUUAAGAGUAUUUCGAAUAAUUACGAUUUUUGGAGUUACUUUUAAUUAAUAUCAUUGGCUAAGGGUAAUAAACAUUGUAGGACGAAGAGACGCUGAUCGACUUGUACCGUUUGGGUGUGAAGACGAAACAAGAUGUCAGAUUCGGAGGGGAGUGUAUAUUCAGAUAAUGAAAGUGACGGAGGAGGCAAGACAGGAGGUGGUAGCGAUAGUGAAAAUCAUUCUAUAAGAUCUGGUAAUGGUAGCGAUGUCGGAAGCGCAACUGGAAGUCCAGCUGCGUCUAGGUCUAGAUCCAGAUCGCGUAGUAUCUCAAGAAGCAGAAGUCGCUCUGUUACUUCUAGAUCAAGAAGCCGUUCAAGAUUCAGAUCAGGUUCCAGAUCCAGAUCAAGAUCCAGAUCCAGGUCCAGAUCUAGAUCACGUUCCGGCUCCAGAUCUGGAUCUGCGAGAGACGAUGAGGCGGAAGAGGUGAAUUCUGAAGAAGAACCAGAACCAGAGGAAGAACCAGAUGGGGAAGAUUUAGAUGAAUAUGACGAAGAAGAAGAUGAAGAAGAUGACGACAGGCCUAGGAAAAAGAAAAGAAAGAAAGGACAGGUUUAUGAUUUUAUUAUUCAAGAAGCCGAGGUCGACGAUGAGCCAGAAGAUGACGAAGAGUGGGAAGAAGGUGCACAAGAAAUUGGAAUUGUUGGGAAUGAAGUUGACGAAAUUGGUCUUACCGCUAGAGAAAUUGAAGGUCGAAGAAGAGGAACAAAUCUAUGGGACUCGCAAAAGGAAGAUGAAAUGGAGGAAUAUUUUAAAAAUAAGUAUGCCCAUGAAUCAGCUGCAGCUCAUCGUUUUGGUGAUGGAGGUGAAGAAAUGAGCGAUGAAAUUACGCAACAAACGCUACUCCCUGGUGUCAAGGAUCCAAAUCUAUGGAUGGUAAAAUGUCGUAUCGGAGAAGAAAAAUCAACGAUUCUUUUGCUAAUGAGAAAAUUCUUAACAUACCAAUUUUCUGGUGAACCUCUACAAAUUAAGUCAGUUGUCGCACCUGAGGGUGUUAAGGGUUACAUUUACAUCGAAGCUUAUAAGCAACCUCAUGUUAAGGCAUCGAUUGAAAAUAUAGGAAACUUAAGAAUGGGUAUAUGGAAGCAGCAGAUGGUGCCUAUCAAAGAAAUGACUGAUAUUUUACGAGUUGUUAAAGAACAGACCGGUUUAAGAGCCAAACAGUGGGUGAGAUUAAAGCGGGGUAUUUACAAAGAUGAUAUCGCCCAAGUAGAUUAUGUAGAUUUAGCACAGAAUCAAGUGCACUUGAAACUGUUACCGAGAAUUGAUUAUACGAGACCUCGAGGUGCUUUAAGAACAGCACAAAGCGAGUCUGAGGCCAUGAAGAGAAAAAAGAAGCGGAGACCACCAGCAAAACCUUUUGAUCCAGAGGCUAUUCGAGCUAUCGGUGGUGAAGUCACUAGUGAUGGUGACUUUUUGAUCUUCGAGGGUAAUCGAUACAGUCGUAAAGGAUUUUUAUACAAAAACUUUACAACGAGUGCUAUAAUAGCGGAGGGUGUGAAGCCUACUUUAUCUGAACUUGAGAAAUUCGAAGAGGCACCGGAGGGCGUUGAUAUCGAAUUAAGUGGACUCCCAGUUACCGGUGUUUCUGCCGGGAAGGAAGAUCAAUCCAUAACACAUACAUUUAGUACCGGUGACAAUGUCGAGGUCUGCGAGGGUGAGUUGAUGAAUCUGCAGGGUAAAAUCGUAUCCAUUGAUGGCAACAUGAUAAUGGUGAUGCCGAAGCACGAGGAGCUGAAAGAGGCUCUGGAAUUCCAAGCCAGCGAACUAAGAAAGUAUUUUACGAUGGGCGAUCACGUGAAGGUGGUAGCAGGCAGAUACGAGGGUGACACUGGCUUGAUCGUGCGUGUCGAGCAGAAUCGCGUAGUCCUGUUCUCGGAUCUGUCUAUGCACGAGCUUGAAGUCUUGCCUCGUGAUCUGCAACUCUGCUCGGACAUGGCCACAGGCGUUGACAGCCUCGGGCAGUUCCAGUGGGGCGAUCUCGUGCAGAUCGAUCCCCAAAUGGUUGGCGUCAUAGUGCGCCUCGAGCGCGAAAACUUCCAUGUGCUAUCGAUGCACGGUAAAGUAAUCGAGGCGAGACCCCAGGGUCUCACCAAACGCAAGGAGAACAGAAACACGGUCGCCCUCGACUCUCAGCAAAACACUAUUCAGAAGAAGGACAUUGUGAAGGUAGUCGAUGGUCCACAUUCCGGCAGAGGUGGAGAAAUAAAGCAUCUGUAUAGAAGCUUUGCUUUCUUGCAUUCGAGAAUGUUCAUUGAUAACGGUGGGAUCUUCGUUUGUAAAACAAGACACUUACAACUAGCCGGGGGCAAUAAGACUAACAUAGCGUCUUCCAUGUCGCCAAUGAUAACUGGAUUCAUGUCACCGAGAAUCGCUUCACCCAUGCACGCAAGCGGUGGCAGGGUAGGCGGUGGCACCGGGGGAGGCGGAGGAGGCCGAGGACGAGGCCGAGGCUCCGGAGCUCGGCGCGACCGCGACCUCAUCGGCACUACGAUAAAGAUCACUGGCGGGCCCUACAAGGGCAACGUUGGCAUCGUCAAGGACGCCACGGAGACGACCGCACGUGUCGAGCUACACUCCACGUGCCAGACGAUUUCCGUUGAUCGUUCGCACAUCGCUAAUGUCGGUGUCCCGACCAAGGAUGGUAGUUUCAGCAGUUACAGCCGCACGCCAGCCUACGCUGCUGGCAGUCAGACUCCAAUGUACUCCGGUGGCAAGACGCCUAUGCACGGCUCACAGACUCCCAUGUACGAAACUGGCUCACGCACGCCUCAUUACGGUUCGAUGACGCCGUCUCACGACGCCGGCUCCCGCACCCCAGGCCAGUCGGGCGCCUGGGAUCCAAACGUCAACAAUACACCCGCACGGACCAGCGACUUCGAUGGCUACAACAUAGAGGAGGGCGGCUCGCCGGGCUAUGCGCCAGGCUAUCCAUCGGGCGGACCGUUCACGCCGCAAACCCCGGGCACGAUGUAUGGCUCCGACCAGAGUUUCGGUCCCUAUCAGCCGAGCCCGAGCCCAGUGGCAAGUGCAACCGCGAGUCCGAGUCCAGCAGCCUAUGGGAGCACGCCCUCGCCGGCCGGCACCGGCUACACGACCAGUCCUCAUGGAGCCUUCGCCUCCCCAUCGCCCAUGGGCUACAGUCCGAUGACACCCGGCACUGCUAGUAGUCCAUAUAAUCCUCAAACGCCAGGCUCUAGUAUGGAAACUAGUCAUGGCUCUGGAGUAUUUGGUUCAGAAUGGCAUACAACGGAUAUCGAAGUUCGUGUGAGGGAUUCAAAUCAAGAUAGCGAUUUAGCUGGACAGCAAGGUUACAUCACAACAAUUACAGGUGGAAUGUGCACAGUAUUUUUACCACGCGAAGAUAGAUCGGUAAAUAUACUUUGUGAUCAGCUAGAACCAGUGGUUCCAUCACAAAAUGAUAGAGUAAAAGUUAUCAUUGGAGAAGAUCGAGAAUCUGUUGGCACACUUUUAUCCAUUGACAAUCAAGAAGGUGUAUUUAAAUCAAAUGCUGGAGAAGUGAAAAUGUUACAAUUGCGAUUCUUAUGUAAAAUGAGAUCUCCCUAAAUAGUUCACCAUUAUUUACAAUUCAUAAAGGGAGAUUUUAUUCUAAUUGUAAGAUAUUGUCAUUAUAAAUUUAAAAAUGAAAUUGUCACAACCAAUACGUUGGAUUAGGCUAUGAAUUUAUCAUGAAUUGUUUAUAUAGUAAUUGCUUAGUUUUUAAUUUUC